AUGAGGCAGCGCCUCUUGGAAGGGCACCCUGUUCUUGUUUCUGCGGCCGCCUUCUGUCCCGGCCGACGGGGGAAGAUCCAGCUUCUGAAUCGUCCCUCUUCCGCCGGCGGGGUGGUGACCCCUGCCCGACCCCGCCUCCGAGGGCGGUCCCAGCCCACGCGCGGCUCCGAAAGCCGGCAGCCAGGGCGCGGCGGCGACGGCGAGGCGGGCGGUGGCCUGGCCCAGGGGCGCCGCGACUCCGCCCGGGGCGUGCUGGCGGGCAACCGGCCCUGCGCGCACCGCCGCGCCUUCCUGCUGCUGAUCAGGGAGGCGGGGAGGCAGGCCUGGCGAGGCCGCUGCUCCAACGCCACGCUGUGGCCCAGCUUCGCACCCGUGGCCGACACGGUCAGCCAGCACUUCCUCCUCUCCACCGAGCAGAUCAGCUGGCUCUCACUGGCCUACCUGGUGGUGUCCAUCCCAUUCGGCGUGGUGGCCGUCUGGGUUCUGGACUCUGCUGGGCUCCGCUGGGUGACCGUCCUGUGUGCGCGGCUGAACUUUGCGGGGAGAGGGAUCCGCUCCCAGCCCUGCAUGAUCACCAGCCGCCAGAACCCAUUUGCUCUCCUCACGGGUGGGCAGAGCCUCUGUGCCCUCGCCCAGACCCUGGUCAUCUCUCCAGCCAAGCGGGGCCUGUGGUUUCCCGAGCACCAGAGAGCCACAGCCAACGUGAUCGGCACUGUGUCAAACCCCCUGGGCAUCCUGGUGGCCAGCCCGCUGUCUCCCACCCUGGUGAAGGAGGAGGACAUCCCCUUGAUGCUCGCAGGGAACAGGCCUACAUCAUCCUGGCCCCUAGCCGCGUGCUUUGGGGGCAGCAUCGGCAUCUGCUCCAGCUUCUCGUCCCUCCUGCAGCAGAUCCUCUGCGUGAACGGACACUCCAGCACGGGUGCCGGCCUCUGCGGGGCUCUCUUCAUUGCGUUUGGGGUCUUGGGGGCACUGCCUCUUGGCCUGUACGUGGACCGGACCGAGCAUUUCACUGGAGCUGUCAGGAUCGGCCUCUGCCUGACAUCUCUGGUCUGCAUGGCCUUUGCCCCGGUGAGAGUCCUCUGAGGGUCCCAGCUGGCCGCCACCUGCUCGCCGCUUGGGCUCUGCUUCUCAGCGGCGCCUGUCACCGUGCAGCUGGCUGUCGAGCGCUCCUUCCCUGUGGGUGAGGGGGCCACGGGCCUGGUCCUCGUGCUGGGGCAGCCCGAGGGUGUGCUCAGCAUGGCGCUGCUGGCCUCCUUGACCAUGCGCCGCGUGGAGCUAUCCUUCUCCACCUGCCGGGACGGCCAGGACCCGCUGAGUGUGAGAGACAGGAGUGGGGUCGCCACCAGAGAGAUGGUUGCACGCCCUCGUCCCCAGACCCGGUGCGGUGACCUCGGGGCUCAUGACUGUGAACCCACCUUUGGGGCCCCUUGGGGCUGGGACAGGAUCUGUCCCCGGGGUCACUCUGAGGUCAUGGUUAGUGGGGUUCGGUGUCCCCUGCACCCGGGGGGGCACUCUGGCACUUGGGGAGCCUCGGCAGAGCUGGGCCACGGCCCCCCGAAGUCCGCGUUGCUGGUGGCCGGCCUGUGCGUCCUUUUCAGCUGCUUUGGGGUGCUCUUCCUGCACACCCCAUACCGGCGCCUGCAGGCCGAGGCCGACGCAGCCCCUCCGUCCAGGAAGACGUGCGCCCAGCAAGCUCGGCGGCCACCCCCGAGGCCCUGCCGCGGCCCCCCCACCCCCACGGGCCCCAGCAGCCCCUCCUGGAGCCAGUGA